CGACAGCCAGUGAUCAGCUGACUGCUGCUGAUCGUGAGACGCGGCGGAGCAGCGUACAGACGUUUACUUCUCUGUGACAAAUUUUGCGAAGGUCCGAGAUUCCCAUUUUCCUCUCUGACCGAAAUCAGCACAAUGGCAAUAACCAGCGACGGUGUGCUCGAAAUGACCAGCUCAGGAAGCUGUGAUGUAACACCUCAUCUACCGACCGAGAUGCACUUGCAUGCGAAAAAUCAAGAGCAACUGACAGAGAGUCGGAAGAAAAAUCGUUGUAUUAAAAUGUAUUGACACAUAUUAUGUCGUAUCUAUUUUGUGCGGAUCGAAAUGCAGCGGGGCAGGUUUGCUGUCACUGGCGAGAAGCAUCCCUUGACAUGCGGUUUGUUAAUGAACAAGUUGUCAGCCUGACUCGUGGCUCUUCGGGAGACAAUUUGCAUGUACUUAUGAAUAUUCUCCGACACUCCACACGGCCAUUCUACAACUUCAUAUUCAAAGAUCUCGAGCUGAGGAAAAUGGAAUGGUUUUGGGAAAAGUUUGGACCGGACAUGAGAAGCCUAAUUCUGGUGAACUGUGAUUUGGGAGAAAAAAUGCUAGUUGCAAUUCUGAAGAGCUGCGACAAUCUGCAAACUCUACACGUCAAUGCUUGCAGAGAGUGCCUGAUGUCAGGACGACUUUUGGAUGAUGAAAAUGACGUUAAAGUUCUCUCAGCAAAGUUGCUCAACUUGAAAGAAUUGAGUCUAGCUUCUAACAGAUACUUGAGCGACGCAUUAUUUAAUAGACUAGUAAACAUUUGUCCAAACUUGAUAUCGCUAAGUUUAAGUGGUUGCCAAAUAUCUUUCCACUCCGGCUUGUAUAAAAAGUUUUAUCCCAGCAAUAGCACAGUUUUGCACGUGUCAGAAUCUGUCUUAACAUUUUGUAACAUUUUAACUUUCCUAAACCGCCAAGCGAAACACUUGAAGUACCUUAGUUUCAGUUCUACGUUGAUAGACGGUACAGCUUUGGCUACUUUAUGUACCAUAAAAGACUUGAAACUAGAAUCCCUAAAACUACAGUGUUGUGACCAGUUGACAAACGUUGGUAUUCGCUCCUUGACGGAACAUCAGACAUAUUUAAAAGUUCUAGAUGUAAGUUUUUGCACCAGAGUAACAGACGCCAGUUUAGUUUGCAUUUGCAAAAAUUUGGCAAACUUGGAAGCGUUGAAUAUAAGAAGAUGCAGAGCAGUCACAGACCAUGGUGUCAAGCAAGUACGACGACUAAAACACCUCAAAGAGUUGGAUAUAUCGGAAUGUGAACAACUUACAAGCGAGUGUAUUACGAAUGGUCUAUGUGCUGCUGAUUGGGAAGACAACGAAGAAAAUGAAAACAACGAGAACUUCGUAGACUUUAAUUAUCUAGGGCCAACUAAACAUGUUACCAAGUCACUGCCCUCAGAACAGAAGAGGAUAAAUAACAAUUUAGAAAAACUCUAUGCUAACGCACUGAAUUUAGAUGAAAAAUCAAUUCUUAGUAUCGCGACAAGUUGUCCAAAAUUGGUAUUACUAGAUGUUGGAUAUUGCUUCAAUGCUAUUACAGACAGUAGCAUACAGAUGAUAUUUAAAGAGUUAGUGCUUUUAAGAUCGCUGACGUUAAGUCGCUGCGACAAAGUGAGUGACCUGGGUUUAACUGGAAUGGGAGCUGGAAAUCGAGAAAAUUUAGAGAAAACCUGGGCUCAGAGUUAUAUAGAAGUUCCAGAGCCUCAACUUAGAAUACGCCUAGGUUCAAGAGUAGAGGAGGAAAUCUGGCGUGAUGCUAAGCGGAAACGUGAAGUAAAAAAAAUGUGCGAAGACCUCUCCACGCUAUUUGAUAACGACGUAUGUUCAGGAUUUUCACUAGCUCGACUAAAAGGAUUGAAAGAAUUAGACUUGGCUGGAUGCAAUAAAAUUACAGAUGUCAGCCUAAAGUAUGCUUUCAACUUCCCGGAACUCAGAUUUCUAGAUCUUAGCCUGUGCCAGCAAAUAACACACGAAGGAUUGGAUUUUCUGACCAGGAAUAACCAAGCUGUGGAAGAAUUGCAUUUAUCCCAAUGUCAUAAUGUGACGGACAUGGGAAUUUCUUAUAUUGCUAAAAGACUGCAUCGUUUGAAAAGUCUAUAUUUACAGGGAUGUUCGCAGCUGACUGAUCACAGCUUGGAUUCGAUAAAAAUUCACUGCACUGCGUUACAGUUCUUAGAUGUUAAGGCUUGUCGCGGAAUGUCGAUCGCCGGCAUAGAGAGUCUACUUCACUUAAACAUCGAUUAUUCAAGAGAAUCGGAAGACCUUGUGCAAAGUAAAAAACCACCACCUGCCCCACCUAUGCGCAGAUAACAAUUAUGUAGACCGAAUCGAAGGCUGACAGAUGGAAGUUAGAAGGUUUUGUCUAACUUCUACUAACUUUUUAAAUCACUGCAUUUUUUAAAAGGAAACGAUGA